UAUAUAUAUAUAUAUAUAAAAUUGGCAUUCAGAAGAAAAAAAUUUUGUUGUGAGAAAUUAGGAUCAAACAUAAUUACAAUAGAAGACACAAGAAAUACACCCAAAAUUUAUUUAUUUAUUCCGAUCUAAAAUAAUUUACUCUUGAAGAUAGAGAAACUUUAAUAUUUAUUACCAAUACUAUUUAUAAAGGAAAAUAUAAAUGAAUUAUAAGAAAAUAUCUCUACGUGUUCAUUAAAACGACUCGUAUAUUCUACCUAUUUGUGAUUUAAUCUUCUCUCUUUCUCAAUACAUAAAUCACUACUCCAAAGUUUUUAGAAGUGUUUUCUACCUCUUAAAUGACAUUUAAGUAUUACUAAAGUUAUUAGAAGAGUGAAUCCUUAGAAGUUAUUCCCUUGUCUCUCUAAGUCUCCUUUUUUGAAAAUUACCUCUUAGUUAAAACAUGCCAUAAAAACCUUAACUAUGCCAAAAAAAAAAAACCUUACACAUCUCUUGAGAUAAAACACCUAGCGCUUUAGAGGAAAGACUCAGUUAUCGUCUAAAUUGUGUCACACAUUCUCUCAAACACAAUAUGUUGAAGGCAACAAAUGCUCUCCUGAACGCGUCACACUUUUCAUAGAACUCAUCAUGCUCGUGACAAAAACUAAUAAUUUAAUGGAAGUAAAAAAAUCAAUUUUAAAGUUUUUUUAAGACAGACUUCACAAAUAUCCACUUUGACUCAAAAGAAAGAUGAUGAUGCCAAAUUACCAAUCAUUCACCUUUCAAAUCUCUCAAAACUUGAAUCCUUAUUCAACUAACUUGAUCAAGUUCAAACAAUACUUAAACCUUUAUCUAUAUAUUGAUUUAGUAAACAUUAUCAUAUUGUUUUCCAACACAACCUUCUUCAUCACAAUCUCCUUUAAUUCGAUCAUGUCGAUUGUAAAGUGAAAAAUGGAUGACAAUAUGCUUUUUUUUUUUUCUAUUCAUAAUACACUUGAUGACUAACCAUAUGAAUGACACUUUGACAAUCCUAAAGUAUCUUCACACAUUCUUGAGUGUUCCCUAGCUUUCCAAUCACACCUCAUAAUCAUAUGUAUUCAUCGAUCCCUUCAAGUAGGGACAUAUUUUCUGCUCAAGUUAUAUAUAAAGUAAAUAACACGUCGUCCUUAUUACCUGAAUACAACAUAAACACGAAAAUUUUCAAAUUGUCUUUCUCUUAAACUCAAAGAGGAUUUUCUAGUGUUCGCAUUAUUUAUAUAGUCUACAUCCACAUAAUAAUCUAAAAUGUGUUUCUCUUAAACUAUUUUAUGUACUUUGAACCACCCUUCAAUGAAAAAUUCAAAUAAAUACACUAGCUAUGCUAAUUCCACACGCUAAAUUUGGUCCACUACAAAUCAUACUAUACAUGAUAUUUCCAACCCCACUAGCAUAGGAAUUAAAGUAUCUCAAUCAUCUUAUUUUCUUCUCGAUUAUAAGACAUUUUAUAACAACAGUUUAGUGUAAUGGCCCAAAGUAAAGUUUGAGUUUUUUAGAAUCUAGAAUUCUAAAACAUCUCCACCAUUUUCUUCAAGAAAAUAGAUUAAGACAAGAACAAUUAACUUCAUUUUCAGGUUCCUUGUGAUAUCCAUCUCUAGGAUUCUACUGGCUUCACCAAGAUAUUUCAUAUUAAAUUCUCCCUUUAAAGUAUCCUUGAGCUUACCGGUCGUUUCCUUACCAUCAAGAUAUCAUAAAUAUAUAGAAGUAGAAUUAUACAUGCUAGCGGUUAACCCUUUAAUGAGUGUGAAAGAAGCGGGAAGGUGGGACGGUCUCGUUUGGAUUUGGGAGCCGUCGGAUUGGAUCAAAGAUUUUAGUGACGGCGAGACGUAUCUGCUGGAUCUGCUUCAGCAGCAGCUUUUUCAUCAUAAACCUCUUCUUGCUGGAGCUGAUUCUUUCAUUUGGGAGGAUGGUAAUGAAGGGGUUUUCUCUGUCUAUAGCUGUGUGGAGGAGAUAAGGCGGAGAGGAGAGGAAGUGAUGCAGCCGGCUAGUGUCCUCCGCAGACUCGACUUCAUGUGGAAGCUGAAAGUUCCUUCUAAGGUCAGCAUAUUCGCGUGGAGGUUCAUCUUGGACCGUCUCCCAACUAGAGAUAUCUUGCAACGUCGAGGCAUUCUUUCAGGUAACAAUGAUAGUGGCUGUGCUUUAUGUUUCAGUUUCUUGGAGUCCUCCGCUCAUCUUUUCGAUCAAUGUUUCUACUCUACAAAAGUGUGGGAAAAGGUAGGUAAUUGGUUGGGAGUUUUGGAUAGAUUAAAUAUUGAGGAGUUGAAAUAUUUUGGGGACAACUUCGACAAAAUCAGAACCGGAGAAGAACGCUUAAUGGUGGGAAUCGUUUGGAUGGCAGUCAUUUGGACCCUUUGGACAACUAGAAAUGCUAUCUUAUUUAAUGGCCAAGUUUUCAAUUUUGAUGAGUGUUUUACUGCGAUAGUUCUUGCGUGUUGGAAGUGGUUUAGAGUUCUCAAUGGUUCUUCUAAGGAUUGUAACUUCCAUUAUUGGAAUACCUUACCUCCAUCUUGUAUAAAGAGGUAAUGGCCUCUCUUUGUAUCUUCCUUCUUUGUGAUUAAUAUACCAUUAUUUAGUGAAAAAAAAAGAAUACAUUUAUCAAAUCAACAAUACUAUUUUCUUGGGAUAUGUUUUAACUCAUAAAAAUAUUUCUUUAUUAAACACACGUACAAAACCUUCAAAUUAUCCAUGUAUUUAUUCAUUAAACAUACCCACAAAUCCUUUAGAUUUCUUUGUUUUGAAAUUCAUUUUCACGAACUCAAGAUUAAAUUGAUUUAUAAUUUAUAUAAGUACCUUUAAUGAACAACGUAUUAUCACCGAUAAAAUUAUUUCAUUGUAAUUAAUUAUCUCCAAUUGAGUCAAGAUCUCUAUUACAAGCCUUUCCUUAAACCUUGAUUAUUCCAUCCCAAAAAUACCAUUCUUCUUCUUGAAUUUUACUUGCAUCUAAUCACCUUUUUCCUCCCACGUAGUCUCAUAAGUUCCCACACAUGGUUCCUCAUCAAUGAAUACAAUUCACCCUUCAACGCCUUCAACCAUUAUUUUACUAUAUUUACUUUUGGAUGACUCCCUUAAGAUCCAUCGUUAUGAGACUUGCAACCAUUCAUCCGAAUUAAAAGAUUAACAAAUUGGAUGAACAUAACCAUAUAUCUGAGGCGGUACGUUCUUACUCAUCACUCUAUCAUGUACCUACUAAUAAUGUGAAACAACUAUAUGUUAUCCAUUUCUAGAAAUAGAAUUAGAAGCCUCAACUUCACCUCAUCUCUAGUUUCAAGAGUAAGAUCCUCCAACUCAAAAUAAGUUUUCUCAACGUCAGUUUUUAAGUCUUUCACUUCUUGAUCUUUGCACUGCAUCCAUAUACGAGUCUCAUCAGAAGCAAUAUCUUUAUUGGUGACAAACUUUGAUCCCAAAAGUUCUAUCUUCCAAACCUUGUAUCCUCUCUGGAUUAGCAAUGAGUACACACUUCACAACCAUAUCCUCAAGUUUGUCUUACUUGAUAUACGCAAAUAUUAAAGCUUUAAAAACCUUUAAAUUAGAGUAGUCAGGUAGCUUCCACUCCAACAUCCACAUGUAUCUUGAAGCAAGUUCUUUUAUAUAGACAUAUGUUGAUCAAGUUUUAAUAGCAAUGACUUCACCUUAUAAACCCUUUGGUAACUAAGCUUCUUGUUGCAUGAACCUUACCUUCUUCAAGAUGAUCAUAUUCAUUCGCACAUCUAGGCCAUUUUUUAGUUCCAAGUUAAAUUUCUAUAAGAGUAUGUCAUUUGUAAUAAUUUUCAAAGGUGUCACUGUUAUGUUUAACAAUGACAAUAAAUACUAUUCUAUAAGAAUAAUAAAUCAUAGGUAGAAAAUAUAAAUCACCCUUAUAUGUUGCUACCAUGGUUAGACCCUAAAGAUCCGAUCGAACUUAUUCAAACAGGUUGCUAGAAUGAUGCAUACUACUCUUAAACAUCACCCUCGUAUUGUGUAAAAAGAACUCACAAAUUUCAAACAUCUUGAAUCUAACUAGCAAUAACAUGAAAUUUACAAGCCUUAUCGUUACUGAGUUCAAUGAUUGAUCGUUUGUUUAUCUCUAAAGUUCAAAGUAUUCAUUCCUUUGAUACAUGUCAUAACAAAACCAAUAAUCAAUGAUCCAACUCUUUUCCAUAAAUUAUUUAUCAUGAGUGCACUAGCACUUUCAUAACCAUCUUCAUCAGAGACAAUUAUAAUCUGAAUAAAUUCACCCUUGUUUCCUUUCUUUAGAUAGUCCUUCUUGAAUUGAACAAUUUUAGGUUAAAUGAAACAUUUGUUUUUUUUACUUUUCAAACUUCUUUUACUAAGACUUAGACCUAGGUAUCUUUUCCAUUUGGUUUCAUAUACUAUCACUCCCCUUAUUGAUACAUUGAAGAAUUUUUUGUUAUAUUCAAUUUUCAACUGUCCUAUCUUGAUAACUCUUUGGUUUUAGUCGCCUCUUGGUCCUUCUAAAAGGUAUAUGUAUUCCCUACCAUAAUGAAAGGAAUCCUAGAAACUUUCAAAAGAUAUAGGAACAAGCUUAACAAAAAUAGAGGAAUUUAUUGGGAAUUUAUUUAACCCAAGACGAUAUUGGGAAUUUAUUUACAAAACAAGAAAAAGAAAAAGAUGAAGGAAAAGAACACACAAAAAUUGUUUAUCUAAUUUGAUAAAAAAAGACAUAUUCUGUAGGGGAUAGCUUCCACUACUAUUCAAGAGUGUUUACACAAGAUUUUAAAAAUGAGGUAUAAAAAUUAAGCUCUUCAAAUUCUUAAUAACAUAUCCUAUUUUCAAUCCAAUUUCUGGCCCAAUAUCUCUUCCAAUAUACAUGAAUUAUAUGCUUACAACAUUAAAUUAAAUAUAAUCUUAAUAAACACAUAAUUUCAUUAUUUU